AUCAUCUUGAAUGGUGAAGAAGUGGAGGGAAGAUCAGAGGAACUGGAACCAUUUAGAGUGUUUUCGACACGUGAUUGUGGCCGACAGGCGAUUUCCACAAGCUUAAUGCAGAAGGAGUUGUCGAAGAUGAAAGAUAGCGACGAUCUAUUUCUUCAAAUGUUUAUUUUGUACGUAAUGGGGGUGCUAUUAGUACCAACUAGAAGAGAGGACAUUUCCUUGUCUUCGGUAUACGCUGUCACCGAUGUUGCAGACAUUCCGAAGAAGAAUUGGGCAUCCUUUUGCUUCAAUGAAUUGGUCAAAUGCAUCUGCGACCAUAAUGCUUAUAGGAGAGAGUAUAUACCGGGUUGCUUGCUGUUUUUGGAGUUAAUAUUCUUGGAGCAUGCAAAUGGUAUUUUCCAAACCAUUGAUGGGAGUUUGGAUUUGAUGAGUUGGGAGAGCGGAGACGUGGAGUUAUUGUUAACAAAAGUGGUUUCCAGCAGUUCGGGGAAAAGAUCAUCGGGGAAAAGAUCAGCUGAGGAUGCCGGUUUGAAAUCACCUCCAAGGAAACGGGGAAAAGGAGACGGGAAACGGCACAAACCCGACGGGGAUGAGCUGCUUCUCUAUGAGCGUAUCGAUGCUCGGUUUAGUACCAUGGAG